GGCAUGACAAGUGACAUAUCGAUUGUUUAUAUAGUUUCUUGAACAAUUUUUUCUGCUUUUUUUCUUUAUUUUCAAUUCUAUAUCAGUUAUUUAAUUAAAUAAUAAUUAUAUACAUUAAAAUAAAAUUUAUGUUGAUGAUGUUUCUUAUUAUUAAUUUAUUAUGCAAUUAUUAUGCAUUUUUCACAUGUUUUAGGUCAAUUUCUACGUAUAUCUAUCUUUAAAAAAUUAGCUUUAUUAAAAGCUUUUUGACUUAAGACAACUAAUUUGCUUGCUUCCGUUUAUUGCACUGUAUAACAAAGAAUUAGUUUCUCUCUUGAUUUUUUUUUAGAAAUAAGGAUCAGGGUGUAGGUCAAUUUUUGGUAAGUUGUGAAAAAUUUUUCUACGAUGGUAAGAAUCAAAUUUCAAAAUUAUCAAGACUUCUUGCGUAUGAAAAUAAUUUACAUUGACGUCGACGUCAAAACUGUUAAUAAAAAUAAGAAAAAGCGUAUUCUUCACAUCGUAAUGCCUCAUUAAUAUAUAAUGGAGAAAUAAAUUUAAAAUUAUAUUCAAUACAAAAAUUGAAAAAUAAAGGAAAAGUAAAAUAGUAGAAAUAAAGUGGUGUAUACAAUAUGAGUAAAUAAUUAGUUGAUCAAUUUUCAAAAUAAUCACUUUAUCAUUGAUUAUUUGUCCUAUCCCCCUCGUGCUUUUUCACAACUAUUAAAACUGGAUGUCUUAUGGAUGUCUGUCGUUUAAAAAAUGAGUCCACACAAUAUAUUUGAGAAAUUCUACUUUAGAUGAUAUUCUUUUUUUUGCAUUCUCAUAUAUGCCUCUCUUAUUUAGAACCUAAAAAGUCUUCAAGAUGUGUUUCAAGUUCUAAAGUCUUCCUUUCCAACAAAUUGUAAAUUUGUAAAUUAAAGCCUUUUUUUUAGAAAAAUCCCCAUAUAAUAUUAACCUCAAAUUUUAGAAAUUAUAGAUUGAUCGUUGACAGUAAACUCGCAAAUUUUGAUCACGAGUCUUCGAAGUAUCAUAUAUAGAACUUUCAUUAUAAAUGUACCUAUAUUGAGAAGGUCGUAUCGAUUUUUUUCCCUGGUGCCCAACGGCAAACAUACAAUUUUAACCCGGAAAGAACGUAAGUUUUCUAUGCAUACAUUACGAAUGUGUUGAGUGAAUCCUGUUAUGAAUGAAUUUUUUAUGCAUGUUUAAGAAAGAAAGUUCUUUGAAUUUGCCGUUGUGGCAUGUAACGAGACGCUACACCUACAGAAAAGAUUUCUGGAUUCAAUGCUAUUACUUUUUUUAUGUAUUAUGAAAAAAGAUUGAUAGAGACAAUCAUAAUUAUUUUUGGAAAAAACUAUAUUAUUUUUACAUACAUUUUUUGCGAUAAAUUUCGAACUUGUUCUAAAAAUGUUUGUAAAUCUUCUGGUGUUCAAUCUUAACUUUAAUGUCAUUUUAAUGCAUCUACAUAAUAAUUUAGUCGUACGUUAAUGAAUUGCAAUAUAUUAUAUUACGUUUUAAUAAUAUUAAAUACAUUUUAUAAUGCUAUGAAAUGCUUUUAACAGUAUAUGUAUCUAAUCGUGUUAUCAAUGUUAAUUUUUUUAGCAAUAUGCUUUAAAUUAAUUUAAAUAGUCUAUUUUUGUUCAAUGUUAAUGUUAAUAAGAUGAGGCAUCGUAUCAGUCGCAUGGCUGCAGACUCAUCUAUCAUUCUUAGCUAUUAUUAUAAUCUUCUUACAAUGGCAUAUAUUUUAUCAAAAUUUUUUGUAUUAUGUUGCACGUAAUAAAUUAAAUUAAAUUAAAAAUGAAAAAAAUUUUUUUCUAAACGGGGCAAAUUUGUAUUCGUCAUGCGUCCGUAGCAUGAUGGCUUUUUUAGCAAGAUCAUUCUCAGCGAGAUUUUUUUUCUUCUCCAAUCACAAAAUUCAAGAUAACAAGUCUUCGUGCUUAAAUAUCGAGCAUCGGAUCAUAACGAGGAUACCUAGACUUUGAACUCAAUUCUCGAAUAUCUCGAAACAAUAACAUAUUCUCGCUUCUCCGAAUUUUGGGGAUGUCUUUCUUUCAAGAUUUUAAUCAAGGACGAAAUUAGAGAAGCGUGUGAAUUUGACUCGAAUCAACUUCUCCUUACCAGUCUUCCUUCACUAUCUUGCCUCUGUUAUUACUCGCGAUUGUCGUUAUGUUGACACACACGUACUACGUUUAAUAUAUCAUAUUCCGCAUGCCGAGCUCUUAUAUCAACGGUACUCAAUCGGGUUUCCACUUCAGACAGCAAGUUGCGCUUCACGCGAAAGCCUCGUUAUUACUGUCGUCGCUUAAUCGCAGUCAAUCAGCAAAAAUAUCGCCGCAAAUGGUGUAUAGACAUUAAAAAUUAUUAUCUAGUGAAGUGGCAUUCCAACAGUUACGAUUAUAAUAAUUACGAAUUAUCAGUAUUCAUUGUUAAUUUGCAAUAAUUUCUUUGACGAUUUGUGAUAAUCAUUGAUAUUUCUUCCACGCAACGUUAUUUUUCCUGCAACGUGAGACAUUGCGUGGAAUAAAUCUUGAAAUUUCCUAGGAGCACUCAAUGAUAUAAAAUUGCAUAUGCAAAAAACGCAUAAUCAGUGCAUCGUGAAGAAUAGAAGUGACGAUGAAGAACUCGAACGGCAUGAAGAACCCCAUAGAUGUCGCAGACCCGAACGAAAGCACCACGCUGAGGCAAAAAUUGGAGACCUUCGAUGAUAUGUUGCCGUAUGUCGGUGACUUUGGCAGAUAUCAAUGGCUGCUUCUAUUGGCCUUGCUUCCCUACAGCGUGGCGUACGUCACUCUGUACUUCUCGCAGUUCUUCCUCACCCUGGUGCCGCAUGAGCAUUGGUGUAAGAUAGAGGAACUGGUCUCUUUGAACAUUACUCAGGAAGAAAGAGUGGAGAUUGGCAUACCGAAGUCGCAAAAUUAUCCAUAUUACGACCAAUGCCAUCAGAGAGAUUUGGAUUUCGCUGUAUUAGAGCACAGGAAAGAUAUUCGCUCGAUCGAAUGGAAGGUAAACAAAACCAUGGACUGCAGUCAAUGGGAGUACAAUUACACGCAGAUUCCAUAUGCCAGCAUAGCGGCUGAGCUAGAUUGGGUAUGUGACAGGGAAUACCUCAUCUCGACGGCACAGUCGAUCUUUUUCUGCGGCUCUAUCGUCGGUGGUUUACUCUUCGGAUGGAUCGCCGAUCACAGAGGCCGAAUUCCCGCCUUGAUGCUCUGCAACGGCAUGGGGCUCCUGGCCUCGAUCGCGACUGCGAGCGCGAAUACCUUCUGGUCCUUCGCCGUCUGUAGAUUUCUUACCGGUCUGGCUUUCGACAAUUGCAUCAACAUCCCGUUGAUUAUCGUGCUCGAGUACAUGGCCGUGAACAGGCGAACCCUUGUCGUUAAUAUCGCCUUCGGCGUAUACUUCGCCAUUGGAAGCACAGUUCUGCCGUGGAUCGCGUACUAUGUCGCAGAUUGGAGAUUCUUUGCCUAUGUCAGCGCGAUCCCGAUGAUGAGCGUCUUUAUCACACCGUGGAUUCUUCCCGAGAGUGCUCGGUGGUUCGUCGCCAACGGCAGAAUAGAUAAAAUGGUGCAGAAGCUGCGACGGAUUGCCAAAAUCAACAGAAAGUGUCCCGACACGCGCAUCUUCGAGGUCUUUAUUAGAAACUUGACCGCGACCGACACUCAAAGGGAAAGCGCGACCAUCUUCGAUAUUUUGAAGUUACCGCGUCUAGCGAAGAACGCCAUCCUGCUAAUAUUCUUUUGGUCCUUGACAAUGAUAGCUUUCGACGGCCACGUAUACUCGCUUAAGCUGAUCCCGAGUUCGGUGUUCGUGUCCUUCUCUCUCGCCUGCGCGACCGAGUUGCCGGCCGGGCUGCUGCUGACAUUGCUAUUGGAUCGCUGGGGUCGCCGAUUCUGCGGAUUUAUCACCCUAGCCAUGACUUCUUUCUUCAGCUUCGCUGAACUACUAUUACAGUCGAUCGCAGCAAAGCUGACAAUGUCGGUGCUCUCGCGAUUUUGCUUGAAUAUGGCAGCUAACGUGGGCCUUCAAUACGCCGCUGAACUGUUGCCGACCCCCAUCAGGACACAAGGCGUCGCACUGAUCCACAUUUUUGGCAUUAUCGCUCAUUCCAUCGCGCCAUACGUAGUGGAUAGCGCCAAGAUUUGGGAAGGACUGCCGAUGAUGAUCAUUAGCAUCGUAUCAUUUGCAGCCGCUACUCUAAUACUGUUCCUACCAGAGACGCUCGGCCGCGAUCUUCCGCAGACUCUACGUCAGGGAGAGGAGUUUGGCAAGGAGCAAAGUUUUUGGACGCUACCCUGCUGCGAGAGACCGCGUUCGAAUCGACAUCGACAUUAUCGUCCAAGCGAGCUGUAGUCAUUUCAAUUCAAUUCAAUUGUUAUAUAACAAUUGAACAAUUAACAAUUGUUACAUAAUUAUAUAACACUUGGUGCGAUCGCCGAGGAAAUGUAGUUAAAAAAAAAACCUGCGCCUCGCGUGGCACGUGAUAAUACGAUAAGUAAGCAUUUUAUUUUGUACGAAUUAACCAAGUUCACAGACAAGAUCGGAAUGAUUUCCCGAUCUGAGGAGCAUUUUCUGGGAGGAUUUACUUUUGAGAGUAAAUGCAUUAGUUUACAUGUGGAUGAAAUAACUUGUUCUUUUAUUUAAUACUAUUAUUUUGACCACCUUCAGAUGGCGAUGAGCGAAAUAUUGACGUCUUCCGCGAUUUUCGAAAGAAUUUCCAAGUUUGGCAGUGAAAGGUGAAAAAAGUGUUUUCAUGCCGUGCCUAUGUACAUUAAAUUAUCUAAAAUUUUCUACUUAUGUAACGAAAAUUAAUUCGCGGUUGCUAUCACCGCUAGCAAUUUCGCAACAAUCUCUUGAUGACAUAUCAAGAAAGCGACGGCAGGCUCUUUAUCUGUUUGCAUGGUUCAUCUAAACCGUCGCAUCCUUUCAAGAAUAUCAAAUAUAACAAGAUGAUCUCCGUAUUUGUAUCUCGAUACGGAAAAUGAGUUGUCCUUUAUGUACCGGCUCAGAGACAUCGUUCAUCGGAAAGACAAGGAACAAUGAGCGAAGGGAUGAACAUCCCUUUGUAAAAGACAUUUUAAUUCAACUGAGUUCGUAGAGAACAAUGUAUAUGAAUAGCACGCGAUAUUUAUCUACACUGCCGCUCAAAAAUAUUUGCGCGCUCUGAUUCUUGUAUGCACUUCUUUUGCGCCUAUAAUUCAUUAUAUGCUUUAAAUAUAUGAUAUGUAAAAUUUUGAGCCAUCAAGAUUACUAUCAAGCUCAAUAUUUAGAAAAUUAGGACGAAAGAUUGAAAUUCAUUCUUUAUUUCAAAAUUCCCAUCAAUUCAAGGCAAAGAGGGGAAAUACUUUUGAGCAGUGUACUUGGCGUACGUUUACUCGUGAGUAAAUAAAACGCGGCAUUUGGCACACUAGGCUUCUGUGUAAUGUAAAAAAUUCAAGAUUUAUCGAUAUUACACCGAUCUCCGAUCCCUGUGAUAUCUCGCGAACGGAACGGAGAAGCUCACCCG